AUGACCAGCGAAGUAGAAAUAAUAGAUUCAAUCAUCCUGGAUCCGCUACCACCAUCAGCAUUUGAUUAUGCUAUUACUGGCACCAGUAGCAGUAGGGUAACUAGUAACAACAACAGCAAAAUCAACAGCAAAAGCAACUACAACAACAACAACAGAAAAAUCAACAGCAAAAGCAACUACAACAACAACAACAACAACGGCAACAACCGUAAAAGAAGACGAAGUGAAGAAAAUAUUGAUGGUAUUUUAGAUACCUUCAAUGAAAAGGUCAUAAGGCGGAACGUGAUGAAGAGAGCCUUAAGAGUGGGAGACAUAGUAUUGAACAAAUAUUACCAAGUAAAUAAAAUUGAAAGGAAAAAUACCGUGUACGGCCAGCGACUGAUGCUGGAAUUCGAAAAUACGGUAUUUUUCCUACCGGAAUUUAUGAAAGACUUCUUAACAGAUGAACAAAUUAGCAAGAUCAACGUAGAAUCGGAUAUAGUAAUGAUAUGCCAUCAAAAAGGCAAAUGCAAAUUGGUAGUAGAACCAGUACAAAGAGUUACUGAAAAUUCGGUUGUGCUCAGGGAUCAAAGUGAUGAUUGGUGUGGAAGAACAAUCGCUGAACUUUUAACUAAAUUUGAUGAUUUUCAGGAAAAAGGCAGCGGUUGGGCCUUAUCAUCAAUAAUAAAUUUAGUUGUUAAUAUAAAUUCAUAUACUGCAUUUGUGAAACAAAAAAUUAACUGUCAUUCUGAAUCAAAUAUUAAUGAUAAUGAUGUAGAGAUUAAAUAUCAUUACGUUUUAAUUAAAGAUUUAUCAAGAUUACUUUCGCAAGAUAUUAAUAAAAAAGAACAUGAACCAUCUUCUAUUGGAUAUUAUUUAAAAUCAACAUAUAUAACGAAUACAAAAUACCGUUUCUUACGAGGUGAAAAUUGCAUCAAUUGGUUUUUAAAUGAACUUAAGGAAAUUGCUAACCUAUUAGAAACAGAUCUAAAAUCACCUGAUCAUGAUCAUUUAAAUGGUGAAUAUCGAGGAGCUGCUCAUCAAAACUGCAACAUAAAUUAUAAAAAUUCUUUCUAUGUUCCUGUAGUAUUUCAUAACCUAAGCGGCUAUGAUUCACAUUUUAUUAUAAAGGAAUUAAACUCAGUUAUAUCAGGUAAAAUAGAUUUACUUCCUAUAAAUAAAGAGAAAUAUAUUAGUUUCACGAAAUAUAUUGAUAAUAGUGAUAUAAAAUUUAGAUUUAUAGAUUCAUUUAAAUUUUUGGGAAGUAGUUUAGAUAGUCUAGCAAAAAAUUUAGGCGAUUUUCCAAAUUUAAAAGAUCAAUUUGAAAACAUAACAGAAAAUCAAUAUUCAUUGCUUAGCAAAAAAGAAUUUACCCUUAUGAUUAUUUAG